CCGCCACUCCCCCGCCCUCCCCAGGGCCCUGGGAAGGGGCGCAGCGUGGGAAAGGGAUGGUUGAGUUUUAACCGGAGGCAGAGCGUGAGCCGGAUCAGUGUGCGCGGAACGCGAGCAGCCGAGCGCCGAGUGUCGCCGCUGCUGUGAACUCCUCCCUGCCCGCCGUGUCGGCCCUCCCCGGAGCCCUCGCGCAGCCACCAUGAAGCGAGCCCACCCCGAGUACAGCUCCUCGGACAGCGAGCUGGAUGAGACCAUCGAGGUGGAGAAGGAGAGUGCGGACGAGAACGGAAACUUGAGUUCAGCUCUUGGUUCCAUGUCCCCAACUACGUCUUCACAGAUCUUGGCCAGGAAAAGACGGAGAGGCAUCAUUGAGAAACGUCGACGAGACCGGAUCAAUAACAGUUUGUCUGAGCUGAGGAGGCUGGUACCCAGUGCUUUUGAGAAGCAGGGAUCUGCUAAGCUAGAAAAAGCCGAGAUCCUGCAGAUGACGGUGGAUCACCUGAAAAUGCUGCACACUGCAGGAGGGAAAGGCUACUUUGACGCGCACGCUCUGGCCAUGGACUAUCGGAGUUUGGGGUUCCGGGAAUGCCUGGCGGAAGUCGCCCGUUACCUGAGCAUCAUUGAGGGACUAGAUGCCUCCGACCCCCUCCGCGUUCGACUGGUGUCGCAUCUUAACAACUACGCCUCCCAGCGGGAAGCGGCGAGCGGCGCGCACGCGGGCCUCGGACACGUUCCGUGGGGGAGCGCCUUCGGACACCACCCGCACGUCGCGCACCCGCUGCUGCUGCCCCAGAACGCCCACGGGAGCACGGGCUCGGCGGCCUCGCCCACGGACCCGCACCACCAGGGCAGGCUGGCCACCGCACAUCCCGAGGCGCCCGCCCUGCGCGCGCCCCCUAGCGGCGGCCUCGGACCGGCGCUCCCGGUGGUCACCUCCGCUUCCAAACUGUCGCCGCCCCUGCUCUCCUCGGUGGCCUCCCUGUCGGCCUUCCCCUUCUCUUUCGGCUCCUUCCACUUGCUCUCUCCCAAUGCACUGAGCCCUUCGGCUCCCACGCAGGCCGCAAACCUGGGCAAGCCCUAUCGACCGUGGGGGACCGAGAUUGGAGCUUUUUAAAGAACCGAUGCUGUAGAAUGAGGGGAGGGGAAAGCUUAAAACCCCAGCUGAGCUGGGCUGUUGCCAACAUCACCUUAAAGUCGUCAGUAACAUAAAAAGGAAAAAGGUACCAUUUCAGAUAAAUUUUGUUGAGAGACUAAAGGUUUGUUGGUUUACUUUUUUUUAAAUUUUUUUUAACGUCGUGUAUUAGCAGUUUUUAAAAACUAGUUGUUAAAUUUUGUUCCAAACAUUAAACUGAAAUAGUGAGUAUAAACCAACACUUGGUGAUAGGUUUGUACUGUGCCUAAUUUACUUUGUAUACCUGUCUAAGAAUGAUUCCAUGUUUGCCUCCGAGUUUCCGGAAUUCUAACAUUUAGUAUUUGGGGGCUGUUUUUCUCCUUGUAUAGUUACAGUCUGUUUUUAGAAUUAAUUUUGCAAAGCACUAUGCUCAAUGUUAACAUGAUGCUACUGGUUAAUACUUUGACAAUGAAGGUGUUGUGUAAAUAUUCUUUUGUGGGGGGGGGAACUAUAUUGAAUUUUAUAUUUCUGAACAAAGCGUUGACAAAUCAGAUGAUUAGCUUUAUCCAAGAAAGAGGACUAGUUAACUCUCUGCCUUCUGCAGCAGUGGGGUGAAUGGACAAAUUGUCGGGCCCGAGCCCAUAUGACCAAUUGCUGUCCCCUGCCAGGACUCCCAGUUCAGGCUGAGUGAGGAGAGAGCACUUGUACCUUAGGUCUCCAUUUGCAGUGGGCUGGGAGGAGAGUGGAGAGAAUUGUGUAGAAGAUGCCUGCACUUACCAGCCCCAAGCAAUGCAAUGCAUUUUUAAUCUCGCAGAUCUCAAGUUCACAGAUGUUAACACAGAUUAGUGUGGGCAAGUGGUCAGUUGGCUGAUUUCAGUGGAACCUGUUGAGAACACAGCCUAAUCUUCCAUCAGCCGUAUUUUUCUUUUCACUGGAAAUUUUUAUGUUGUUUUUUCCUUUUUGGUGCAUGGAAAUGUGGCUGUGGAGAUGUGUAGAAUGGCUUUACUGACUUCUUUCUGGUUAAUUUCAUUGGAUGUGGGCUAUGAAAGCAUCGCUUUACAGGUUUAUCCCUUUAGCAGGUGUAGCUUAAACGACCUCCACUGAACCGGGUUUGACCUCCGCUGUACUGAUGUGUUGUGACUAAAUAAAAAAGAAGGAACAAAC